AUGAUCAAAAAGUUGAUUGGAAAAGCCCAUGAGAUCCCUGACAUUGAGCAGCAGACACGUCUUGUCCAAAUGCUCCAAAAAGUGGAGAAUGGGGUUCGGAUCCCAGAGGGUAGUAACCUCACAGCCAAAGACCUCAAAGCCAUUGGGAAAGCUGCUGCCAAAAGCUUGCUGCAGGAGUGUGGCUCGGUCUCUGCUCUAUGUGAGAACAAUUUCACUGAGGAGACAAUGAAACUGAACCUGAACCUCCAACUCACAUAUUUCUUGGCCCAUCGUCCUCAGACUAAAACAACAUGCUUCUUUUCAAGACUAAAGAAGAGAGUCAAGGGGAACCCAGACCAGAAGAGAACCAAGGGGAACCCAGACCAGAAGAGAGCCAAGCGGAACCUAGACCAGAAGAGAGCCAAGGGGAACCCAAGCCAGAAGAGACCCAAGGGGAACCCAGGCCAGAAGAGAACCAAUGGGAACCCAGACCAGAAGAGAGCCAAGCGGAACCUAGACCAGAAGAGAGCCAAGGGGAACCCAAGCCCGAAGAGACCCAAGGGGAUCCCAGGCCAGAAGAGAACCAAGAGGAACCCGGACCAGAAGAGAGCCAAGAGGAACCCAGGCCAGAGGAGACUAAAGGGGAAUCCAGACCAGAAGAAGGCCAAGGGGAACCCAGACCAGAAGAGAGCCAAGGGGAACCCAGGCCAGAACAGAACCAAGGGGAACCCAGACCAGAAGAGACCCAAGGGGAACCCAGACCAGAAGAGACCCAAGGGGAACCCAGACCAGAAGAGAGCCAAGAGGAACCCAGGCCAGAAGAGAGCCAAGUGGAACCCAGACCAGAAGAGAGCCAAGGGGAACCCAGCCCAGAAGAGAGCCAAGGAGAACCCAGACAAGAAGAGGGCCAAGAUGAGCUGGGACCAGAGGAAAACCCAGAGGAACUCAUGCUCUUAG